AAAAAAGUUCAUAGAAACUUCUGCUGUGUCCCUGUGAGCUAAAAUCAUCAUUUUUUCCAUGAGGUUUGGUCUAAAGUUUUCUGAGAUUUUCUGUGUAACGGUCUUCAGGUUACUUUCUACUUCCUGUCAUUAUUGACUGACCCAGAUCAAUGAAGGUCUUCAGGUCUACAUUUCGAGUCUAUGGGUCUAAGGUAGCCAGUCCAGCAGGAGGCGCUCAGUUUAGUCUGCUGUUCAGGGUCAUUAUUGGUGAUUUGGUUUAUGAAUGAUUUGUUCCACCAGCAGCACAAAUACAGUUUAUCAGUCCUGUAUUGAUAAGAGCUAAUCAAUCAUCAUAAAUCUGAUCAAUGACUGAAGUGGUCGUAAAUCUGAACUUUAUCUCUGGGACACAACAACCUGCUCAGGGAAACUGGACCUCAUUUCUGGAUCUGCUUCUCUGUCGGCCAGUCAGUCGGUUGAUCGGUCGGUAUAUUAAUUGAUUGAGUGAUUGAUUGAUUGAUUGAUUGAUUGACUGAUUGGUUCAAGUGGAAGUCAGAAUGAAAAGUACUCGCCUCUCAUCCCUGGAGUUCCUCCUCAUCAUCGUUUCCUCUCUUCUUCUCAUCUGCUGCGUUGGACUCGUCCUGCUGUCAUGGAUCAGCCUCACACCUGCCGGUACUGAUGGUCUUGUGAGUCUGAACGGUCAGAUGACUAUUACAGCUGGAGCAGAAUUCUCUGAAGAACUGAGGAACUCCAGCAGUGAACCAUUCAAGGUCCUGGCCUACGAUGUCCAAGAGCUGGUUUCUGAUGCCUUCAGUGUUACCAGCCUCAGAGCAGUUUUCAUGUCAUGUCAUGUUUCAUCCUUCAGGCAGGGCAGUGUUGUGGUGACCUUUGACCUUUGGCUCGAUCGACCGAUUGAUGUAUCUGAGGUGACACAGAACCUCAGGGUGGGGCUUGAUGACGUAGACAGCAGGGGGUUGGUGAUUGACAAGCACAGCAUCCACAUCACAGAAAAAGACCAUGUGAUCACAGCCACGCCCACACCAAUGACAUCAGAAUCCUCAAUGACCACACAUUGUGCUUCUGGUCAAAAGCUCUGCUCUGAUUGGUCGAUGUGUCUCCUGAUGGAUCGUUUUUGUGACGGUGUAAAUGACUGUCCAGAUGCUUCUGACGAAGAUGUUGCCCUCUGUGCAACCACCUGUGACGGACAGUUUUUGCUUGGUGGGGCAGGUGGCGCCCUACGCUCAUCUGCUUAUUCUGAUUCAUAUAAGUACAACAGUCGCUGUCGUUGGAUCAUCAGGGUGGACUCCGGACUGUCAAUCAAACUGACGUUCCAUCACUUUGAAACAGAAGAAAACAUCGACAUAGUCAAGAUUUACAAAGGAAUUGGUGAAACUAGGACACUCACAGACCAGCUCUCAGGCUCCGCCCCCCCUGGUACAGUGUGGGUACUGAACGACCAAUCAACUGUGGAGUUUACCUCUGAUGAUGUCAAUAACCUGUCGGGAUUCAAAGCUUCAUUUAGUGCUGUUAACACAACUGAGAUAACUAAUACAGACAAACUCUCCUGUACGUUCGAGGGAGGCUUCUGUUUCUGGCGUCAGUGUCAUGACGAUGACGGCGACUGGAUUCGAAGUCGUGGCGAGACGUUUCCUCCUCUGACUGGCCCCAGUGUGGACCACACGCUGGGCAACAGCUCAGGUUUUUACUUGACCACGCCCCUCAGCCCUGGCCAAUGGAAUAAGAGCUUCAGGCUCUACAGCCUGCCCUUGACUCCCGUCAAUGUGUCCUGCUGUCUAAACUUUUGGUACCACAUGUUUGGUGAGGACGUGUACAGGCUCCGCCUCCUGAUGAAAUCAACAACAUCGUCAAUGAUCCUGUUUGAGAAAGAAGGAAACUAUGGCAACAUCUGGAAUUUUGCCCAAGUGACCUUUAACCUGACCACCACUGCAAUGGUGGAGUUUGAAGCCUUAAAAAAAGGUGGAGUAAGAAAUGAUAUCGCAUUAGAUGACAUCACAGUGUUGGAUGGUCCUUGUGGGCCCGCGCCCCCUGAACCAACCACUGUACCCACUCCUACAACCCCCACCCCCAUACCAGCUGACUGUGGAGGACCUUUUGACCUCUGGGAACCAAACUCCACCUUCACAUCUCCAAACUACCCACAAUCCUAUGGAAACAAAGCCCAGUGCCUGUGGAUUCUUCAUGCGCCUCCAAAUCACAACAUCCAGCUUCACUUCAUGGACUUUGAUGUUGAAUCCACCUAUGAUGUGGUUGAGGUGCGAGAUGGGGCGGGGCCAAACUCCACCUUACUAGCUGUCCUGACUGGAAUGGUAGGCCCCGCCCACGACCUCUUCUCAACUGCCAAUCAGAUGACAGUGUGGCUGUUCACGGACAGCUCGGGUUCUGGCAGAGGAUUUAGGGCCAACUUCACCUCUGGACUGGACCUUGGAUCCCCAGUUCCAUGUGCAGAUGAUCAGUUCCAGUGCCAAACAGGAAGUUGUAUCCAGGGCAACAGUCAGUGUAACAGUGUUGUUGACUGUCCAGAUGGUUCUGACGAAGCCAACUGUGUGCUGCUGCAGGACAACGGUUCACAUCGUCUCCAGAUUCAGCUCCUGCUCUCUUUCUACACCGUUUGUGGGGACACAUGGACAUCGGAGCUUUCAGUCUUCACCUGCCGCUACCUGGGACACAGGUCUGGAUAUGCCUCACUGCUGCCCUCUAUGCCAGAAGACUCACCAUUCGUGAUUGUCACACUUUCAGUAAAUGGAACCCUGGAGACCAAAGUGAGUGACACCUGUUCCAGUGAGAACGUGAUUUCACUGAGCUGCGACAACAAACCCUGCGGUGUUCAACAAAUCAUGAACCAGAAGUUAGAGAGUGACCAAUCAGGUGUGUCUCGUGUUGUGGGCGGGGUGAAUGCAGUAAAGGGAGCGUGGCCGUGGAUUACCUCUCUGCACUGGCGUGGGCGCCACGUUUGUGGAGCCUCACUGAUAGAUGGUGAUUGGCUGCUCACGGCGGCUCACUGCGUCUAUGGAAAGAACAUUCAUCUCCACCACUGGGUGGCGGUCCUGGGACUUCACACUCAGAGUGACAUGAUCCCUGAGGAGGUUCAAACCCGCAGAGUCGAUCGUGUCAUCAUCCACCCACUUUACAACAGGCGCAGCAAACAGGCGGAUGUUGCCAUGAUGCACAUGGAGCGGCCUAUCAACUUCACCAAUUGGGUGGAGCCUAUUUGUUUACCUGUUGAAGGGCACAACAUCUCUGCAGGAAAAACUUGUCGGAUCGCAGGAUGGGGACGAGACUCUGAGGGCUCUCUGCCCGACAUCCUUCAGGAGGCCCAGGUUCCUGUUGUGGGCCAGGACCAAUGUGGUGCUCAGUUACCAGAGUACAACAUCACAUCCAGCAUGGUGUGUGCCGGGAGGCCAGAGGGGGGAGUUGACUCCUGUCAGGGCGACUCUGGAGGUCCACUCAUGUGCCAGGAAGGCCGACACUGGACUCUGAUUGGUGUGACAUCAUUUGGGAUUGGCUGUGGACUUCCACAGAGACCCGGGGUCUAUGCUCGAGUCUCUGCCUUCACUUCCUGGAUCACCCAGAUUAGACGUUCUCACUCCUUAUCUUAAUUCCUAAAUGAUGAAGUUUCAGUCUGUGUCUAACGCUGCUCUAACCAUAUGCUAAUCCUAAUUCUUUUUUUUAAUUGUCUUUUUAUUAAGUUUAAAGUCAACAUUUACACAGAAUUAUAUUCUGUGUAUUUCUUUUUAACAAAUGACACAUUAUGUUAAACAUAUAUAAUUGUAGGUCUUGAAAAAUAUCUCACCCUGUUUUUCCAAUUAAAAUCUCUCCAUGACAAACA